AUGAGUGACGAUCUGUUCAAAGAGGUUUGAGAAACUGUCAUAGACGCUUGCCAUGUUAUUGUGUACUGUUAAGGCGAGAAAGGAGAGAGACGACUUCGAAGAAUUGAUGAAUGCCUGCGACUUGGCCAAGAUGUCCGUCAAAAACAAUGAAGUGAGUCAGAGAGCCGAGAGAAAAACGUUGUUGCGUGGGUGAUCGCAAUUGCGAAAUCGGUUUUCUAGAUGGUCCAUGGUCUCCAGAGUUUCGGAAUCGACAGUGAAGGUGAUAAUCAGAAGGAAAUCAUGAAGGUGGUCGCACCAACAGUCGAAGCAUAUGUGGGUGUACUACUCGGGGUCUAACUAGAUGAUAUUAAGAAUGUAUUACAGGUUGGAAGCUCAAGUGCUCCAACUCACACAAAAUCCCAUGGAGGAGCUCUGGAUGGAAGUGAUCAGCAGGUUAGUUUCUUUUGCAAUUUUGUGUUUGGUUUUGCUUUGCUUUGCUUUGCAAAGGCUGCAAAAAGCUCCCUCCAAUUAAAUAGGAGUGGAUCCAAGUUCUUAAAUGAAUAGAGCUAGAAUACAUAGUUAAAGUAAAAGAGCGUCCUUAAUGAUGAUUCUAAAUUUAGCCAUGUGUCGAAGUAACCAUGUCCUGUUCAUUUGUUGGCAAAGAAAGCUCAGCCGGAUGCUAAAUUUUGUUGUUCUCUGUGACUUUAUUAUCUUACACUAACUAGAUUUAAACCCUUCUCCCUCUCGCUUCUGCUUCUGCUUCAUCUUCUUCCUCUUCUUCUUCUUCUUUCUCUUCUCAAACCAAUUCUCUUCCAAGCUAAUCAUUCACAUGGGUAUUGUUGACUUACUCUCGUUUGUGAAUAAAAGUUUUGUUAUUGCUGUUGAAGUUGCCGUCCUCAUCAGUACUUCUCGUACUGAACGUGCGGAAUAAAGAAGUGAACAUUUGAGCUUGGCCAGUAGAAAUUGGGUGGAAUAGAAGAAAAGGGAAGGAAAAAAUGGAGAGAGAGGAAGAAGAAGGGAAGGCGUCAAGGCGUCAAAGGCAGCUCUUUCAGCGAUCAAGGAGAGUGAUUUUUGCAGGAAGUGCGCGAAAGCGGCACAAGCGUGCAAAAGGACGACAACGGAUUCGUGUUCUACAAAUGCCGCUUCUGCGGAAUCACGUUCAAUUUCAUGAACACUUUGCGUGCCCAUGAAAGAAUACACGAUGUUUCCCAGGUGACUCAGCGACUAUCGACAUAUUUCAAGCAGUUCGUUUACAGCCAUACGUGUGUGGAAAGUGCGGAGAGUCGUUCGAAUUCGCAUGUCAACUCGAGUACCACUCCGCGCAGCAUUCAGAAGUUGAUGGAUUCAAGUGCGACUGCGGAAGGACGUUCUUUUCGUACACCGAAAUGCUCUAUCACAAGCACACUGACGAUCCUAUCGAUCUAAUAGGUGCUCCAGAGGUAGGCACAGUCCCACGACACUUCCACACUUCCUAAGGCCUGUUUGUUAUCAGUUUCACUCAAACAAACACAAAAUUUUGAAACCAGCGAAACGUCGGUCGCGCCGCGCCCAUCCCCUAUAUAAACAAACGCGUGACACUCCAUUUCGGGCCUGCCGGCUCUUUAGAGAAGUAUCUGGUGGAAGGCGUCGCAUAAAUCGGUCUGUGAGCCGUGGCGACGUCAUCAAAAGAGUUGGAGGUUAAAAAAAAAAAGUUGCAGCAAAUGCGACAAAAAUUUUUUGAUUUUCCUGUGAGUGUAUGUAUAAUAUUUUCAGACUACUACAGUGAUGGUGAACAAGAAGAAGAUCAUUCCAGUUAGUGUGCAGGACCUUCCGCAGCCUGCCUAUGCGACGGAAGGAUACGAGCCGAAGCACCCGCUCCGUGUGUACAGCGACGUCCGCUCGAAACCGUACAUAUGUGAAUACUGCUCGAAAAGCUACUCGGACAGUCGCGGACUCGCCUAUCACAUGUACAGUCAUCGCGGAGAGAGACAGUUUAAUCCACGUGCUUCACGGUACAUGAUGGGCCGCGAAGGCGUCGGAUACACCGACUCCAGAAGUUAUUAUCUGUUUCCGAGGACAAGCGGUUACGUGAAUCCUCGAUUCUGA